GAUAUAAUCCGAAAUUUGGGUGGCCUUUCUAUUAUUGGAGGGAUGCUCUCAGAUUGCUCUCCCAAAGUCAAAGAAAAAGCACUAAAUGCACUUAAUAAUUUGAGUAUGAAUAUUAAAAAUCAGGAAGAGAUACAGGUGUAUAUUACACAAGUUUGUAGGAAUGUUGAGUCAGCUCCCCUGAACUCUGAUCUACAACUAGCUGGACUCAGAUUGUUGACAAAUAUGUCUGUUACCAGUGACUACCACCAUAAGGUUGUAAACUCAGUUCCAUGCUUUCUUCAUUUGCUUUCAGAAGGAACUGAAAGGACGCAGAUUCAAGUUUUGAAAGUACUUGUGAACUUAUCUGCAAACCCAGCCAUGACAAGACAUCUUCUCAGAGCUCAGGUGCCAUCACUGCUGUUACUUUUUGACAACCAUAUAAACAGAGACAUUCUUCUCAGAGCCCUGACGUUUGCAGCAAACUUGAAAAAGAACAUGAACAACGACGACAGCACCACGACUCAGGACAAAUACAGCAAAGAUUCUGUUUUCUUUAUGUUCUGCAGGGACUCGACCCCAUUCGCCCAGAAACUGGCAUCUUUGUUGCAUCACCCUGAUACAGAAGUGAAAGAGCAAGUUGUGAGGAUAUUAACACAAUAG